GGUACUUCAGCUUCCCUCUCGGCUCCCGUAGAAAAACACCGUGACGUGAUGAGGUCUUAUGGAAAAUCAGGAUAAUCAUCAUCCUCCUCAAUCCGAAUAGCGAGUUGGUGUCCUCUUCAUCCGCUGAACGAGCGCCAUGGCCGCACAAAAGAUCAACGAGGCGCACGAGCACAUCGCCAAAGCGGAGAAAUGUUUAAAGACCAGCAUGACUAAAUGGAAGCCAGACUAUGACGAAGCCGCUUCAGAGAUGGCAAAAGCAGCUGUGGCUUUCAAAAAUGUGAAGCAAUUUGAGCAAGCGAAGGACGCGUAUCUGAAGGAGGCCGAAUAUCACACAGAAAAUAAAGCACUCUUCCAUGCAGCAAAGGCGUACGAACAAGCAGGCAUGAUGUUAAAGGAUAUGAAGAAAAUGCCUGAAGCCAUUCAGUUAAUAGAGAAGGCCAGCAUCAUGUAUAUGGAGAACGGGACCUCUGGAACUGCUGGAAUGGCUUUGGACAGGGCUGGGAAACUGAUUGAGCCGAUUGAUCUAGAGAAAGCUGUGGACAUGUACCAGAAAGCAGCAUCUGUGUUUGAGAAUGAAGAUCGUCUCAGACAGGCGGCAGAACUUCUGGGUAAAUCCUCCAGGCUGCUGGUGAGACUGCGCAGGUUGGAUGAAGCAGCUGUUUCCCUUCAGAAAGAGAAGAACAUGUAUAAGGAAAUUGAGAACUACCCCACCUGCUUUAAGAAAACUAUCGCACAGGUGCUUGUUCAUCUCCACAGAGGUGACUUUGUGGCUGCAGACAAGUGUGUGAGAGAAAGUUACAGUCUCCCGGGCUUCAGUGGCAGCGAGGAUUGCGUUUCAAUGGAGACGUUACUGGCGGCAUAUGAUGAGCAGGAUGAGGACAAUCUGGUGCGCGUGUGUAACUCACCUUUACUCAAGUACAUGGACAACGAUUAUGCCAAGUUGGCCAUCUCUCUGAAGGUGCCAGGCGGGGGAGGCGGUAAGAAGAAGAAAUCUACCGUUGCUCCACAAGGGGGCAGUGGAGCGCCGCCACCAGCUGAAGAAGGCGAUGAUUAUGAAGGAGGUUUGUGUUAGCAGACAGAAUGACUCGCCUCCUUGAGUGUGUGUGUGUGUGUGUGUUAAUGAGUAUAUCAGUGUUUCCUCCUUUUGUGAAAAGUGGAGUCUGUCCUGGUUUUAAAGAAUUCUCUUCCUGUGUGACUCGGCCUUGGGAGUUUUCUGUGUGUUUACACUUGUAAUGCACAGUAAAGCUUUAAGGUCAACAUGAAAUUGACCGUAUUUACAUUUUAAUACACAUUUUUGGUCUUAUUUUGCAUGAUUCAUUAGUUCACGUUAGUCCCGCCUCUGAAAUGUCUUUCCUUUUUUUAAUUCACAUCCCUCUUAUUUUACAACCCCUCCACUACAAACUUCUGGUUCUAUUCUGGUAUGAAACGCCCACUUGUCACAAUCCAAUUAAUUCACUACUAAUAAAAUAAAGCUCCCGGCGUACAUUUUUGUCUCAUUGAAUAUCCUGUUACACUCAAAUGUGGAAAUACGCCACAUAACUAAAGUAAAUGGGUUGCGAACGCUAUUUCAUGUUGACUUUAUCAAGGCCCAUUGACUUCCAUGUAACACUUAAAUAAAUGGUCGAGGUUCAAUACAAGUUAAGCUCAGUCGACAGCAUUUGUUGCAUAAUGAUCAUUACCACAAAAAUGAUUUUGACUCAUAGCUCAUUUAUUAAAAAAAAAGCUAAAUUCGUUGUUAUAGUGAGGUACUUACAAUGGAAGUGAAUGGGGUUAAUCCGUAAAUGUUAAAAUACUCACUGUUUCAAAAGUAUAGCCACAAGAUGUAAACAUUAUAUGUGUUAACAUGAUUUUAGUAUGGAAAUAUCAGGGAAAUACCAGCAUGGUGCCAUUUACCAGAAUGCAGGGUUUACAUCAUCAUGACAAAAUCAUGUUAACAUGUAUAAUGUUUACAUCUUGUGGCUAUACCUUUGAAACAGUGAGUAUUUUAAAGUUUACGGAUUGGCUUAAUUUACUUUUCAUAAUUUUUUGUUGUUGUGGUAAUCGAUAUUAUGCCACAAAUACUCUUAAUUGAGCGUAACUUUGAACCCGGAAUACACCGAUCAGCCACAACAUUAAAACCACCUGUCUAAUAUUGUGUAGGUCGCC